GUUAUAAUUCAUUUCGUAUUUACUAUUUCGGUAUUCGAGACUUCGACGAAUGUGUCCGAGGCCCGCACAUGUCUGAUCAUAUAUCUAUCGACUGAUAUGUAACUGAUAUAUAUAUAUAUAUAUACAUCAUAUGAUAUUGUGUAUAUUAUCUUGAUUCGUUAGUUAUAUUAAUAUUAUAUUUCGUAUUUUAUUUAGAGGAAUUUUGAAGAAAAACCCAUCGCCGUGGAAUCCAUCAUUGACUCGAACGGUUAGAAUUGUUGAGCAUUGUAUUAUUCUUAUUUGUGGAUAAUCGAAGUGUGGUGUACGAAUGUACGAUAAUUCGAUUACUGAUCUUGUCGUGUUGAUGUACUUAAUAAUAUGUAGUGAUUUUAAAUUUUUGGAGUUGUGAAUAAUAAGUUUGUGACUUUAUUAACUUUAACGUUGAUCGGUAUUAAUUAUUAUCUUUUGAUCGGCUUUAUAUUAUUUAAUAUUUUGAUACAUCUGUUGAUGUAGUCUCGUUUUGAUUUGAUACUUAUUAUUUUGUCAUAUACUUGGUUCGCGGUUGGCUUUGGCAUCACCAUUUUUAUAUUGAAAACAAUUAACAUAUUAUUGGUUAUGGAUCAAUGGCAAAUGUUUAUUUAAUGAUGAAAAAUCAAAUCCUUUAGUCGGUACUACAAUCAAUGCUAAUUCAUAAACAGGUUGAACACAUUGAAAUUUGAUUUUUUCGAAAUUUGAAUGAAAAAAAAAAUGUGUGUAUGAAAAAGUGAAGUUUUUGUGUGAUAAUAAUAUGAAUACUGAUUCAAUUCAACUUAAAAUGCAUCAAAAUCGUAUUAAAAAAAAUAAAAACAAAUUACAACAACAAAAACAAAUUGAAGACAAGAAAAAAUAUGUUAGACAUUAUUGUGAUGUCUGUUGUAAAAAUUAUAUAAAUUCUACAUCUUUUAAAACACAUAUGAAAACUUUUCAUGGUCAGUUAAAUUUAAAUAAUGCUUCGAGUGAAGAUGAGUUAAUUUUGAAAUCAAAAAAAAACGGAAUUGGAAAGACAGAUAAUAUUUUUACCGAAUUUGAGGAUCAAAUGCCGGUAGAACUGAGAAAUGAUCAGCAUAGAUGCAAUGUCUGUAAUCAAAUAUUUUCAAACUCGAUCGAUUAUAUGAAUCAUGAAAAAUCGCAUUAUCAAACACUCACAAUUAACAAUUCUAGAAUUUCUCAAAAGUCUAUGACACUUGAUGAUGAUAUGGCUUUGGACAAUGCUGAUGUUGAUGGUACAAUUGCAGAUACUACUAAUAAUGAUGAUAAGUCUUUGGAAAUCUUUGAUGAUAGUACAAUUUCAAAUACCUCAAAUAAUGAUCUUAAGUCUUUAGAUGAUUUAGAUUAUAAUACUUCAACUUCAGACACCUCUAAUAAUGAUACAACUUCGGACACUUGUAAUUAUAAAAUUAUAAACAACUCAUUUAAGGGUGUAUUUAAAUCUAAAUCUGAUUUUGAAGAACAUCAUCCAUAUUUUAAUAUUGGUAAUCUAAAAACUUGUAGUAAUCAAACAAACUUAAUGUUCUGUACACCAAAUGAACUCAAUAUAAAUACUGAAAAUAAUAGUUUAUUUAAUAAUGAAAUAAACCCACCUCAAAAAAAUUCAUGGAAGCCUGACGAAAAUCAUAUUAAAGCAUUACAUGAAAUAUGUGUAGUCCAACAGCCAUUUGAAUGUGAAAUUUGUGAAGAAACGUGUGAUCAAUAUGACCAUUAUCAAUUCAAUCAAUGGUGGUCGUCUGACGAAAUUUUAAAAUGUCAGGUUUGCAAUCAAAAGUUUACCGAAGAAGAACAACUAAAACUCCAUGAAUACGAACAUGUAAAGACACAUUUUUGUUAGUAAAAAUAAAAAUAAAAAUAUUUAUAUUAUAACUUAUAAGCUUUAAUAUAAUGAAUGUUAUAAUAAAUGUAUAUAAAUAAAAUAGUUACAUAAGAAAUAAUACAUAGUAAUAAAUUAUAUAAAAUGCAAUCGUAAUGUAUAAUACAAAAUAAUAGAUAAUUAAUCCUAGUAUCAAUGGUAUAUUAAGAAUUACUUUACAUAUACUGAGUUUAUGAAA